AUGGCUAUUCUUAUGUACGCAUGGAGUCCAGAGCAGAAUUCGAAACAGCGAAAUACAUGGACAGGUCGACCCUCUACUAUUCUGCUGAUCUUAGAAACCUUCCUGCAUAUGCUUUUGUCUUUAGUCAUCUUUCUUGCAGGAUGUCCAGUUCACGUAGCAGGCAGUGGUAUAACUCAAGAGGUGACCUUGCAAGCGGGUAGUCGAGGUGUAGUUCAAUUCCAUUUUCCGUGGUCCAAUAAUGAUACCUUUCUUGGUGUUCCAUACUACGUACUUCGGUUGGAAUCACAACGUCGUCCAUUCUGCGUUAAUGGGAAAACUCACAUCGAAGGUUUCAAAAACCAGACCCAAGCACCAAGAUUCAAAACAUUAAUCACAGGUUUAGACACAACUCCCUACGUAAACCUAAUUAUAAAUGAUGUUGAUACUCUCGAUCAGGAUGGCUACAUAUUCACGGCAAUCUUCCAUCAUAGUCUGGAGCACGUACAGUAUGAAACUGUGAAGAAGAAAGUUUUUGUUCAAAUACCACAUGGGCCUGCAAAAUGCUUCAUCACUAUAAGUGAAAACGUUGUAUUAACAUAUGAAGCGCACUGUCGGGCUACUUCUGGCAGUGGGGCAACGACAAUAUCAUGUUACCAGAAUGGUCAGAAGUUGCAGUCUAGGAACGGUAUUGCGGUUGAUGGCAAAUUUACCAGAGGAAUAUUCGUCCUUCUAUUUGAUACUCGAUUCGCUUGCUGUUCACAUGAUCUCACAUCAGUAGUUAGUGCUGCAACAUGCAGUGACUUUGAGUGGCCACCUCGCACGCCUAACGCGGUUACUACAACACGUAUUCCCAAUACUGUGCCUAAAUUUGUAAACAGCACCAGCCGCAGGCCUGUAGGUGAUGUAACUAACCCUACAACCCAUAUCAAAUACCAUGCAGAUUCUGGAGCUAGGAAAUAUAUUGGUGAUAAACUUUCGUGGCAUAAACAGAUUGAUGUCGUUUGCAAUCCGAAGGUGUAG